GGUGAUGGGCCCACCUUUCUUGAUGCUGCUGAUGGCAGCUUUUGUCUGGCAUGAAGUUGAGCCUGUGUCUGUCACAAUUGGAAAGAAGCACUACGUGAGAAUCCAGGGUGAACCAUUCAAUAUCACCUGCAAGUUAAGUUCCCGUCACUACAAAUAUGAUUGCAGCUGGAGUUAUCCUCCUUCUCCAAAUGUCAGCGAGGAUAGUGCCUUUGGGUAUCAUGACAGAGAAUAUACUACAUUAUUGAGUCUAUACAUUCCAGAAGCGCAGUUAAGUAAUACUGGGAAAUAUACUUGCUUUGGAAACUCUUCUGAAGGAUCCAGAAAUUCUUCUGCUAUUCUUCAGGUGACAGACAGAGGCUUUGUUCAUUUGUCCACCCUGCAGAACACGACCCAGGAGGUGAGCUUGGGUGGAAGCCUGGAGCUGCAGGUGCUCAUUGAUGCUUACCACAGAGUGCAAAACUGGACGUGGACUUUUAUGAACCCAUCAAGUGGCUCCCACAAUGCCACACUAAAUAGCUGGAUGAGUUCUGAUCACACCAGUAAUACACUCAGACUGAGCAGUAUGGGGAAAACAAUGAGUGGAAUGUACACAUUUUUUGCAAAAAACGAUGAUGCCAAUGCCUCAAUUACAUUCAACAUCACUGUGAAAGUUGCACCCAAAGCCUAUGUGGUGAACAAUAAUUCCACCAGCCUUUGGUGUGAAGCCACUGGUUACCCGGCUCCACAUAUUGAGUGGUAUAAAUUGCCUCGCAAUCACUCUGCACCCAGAUGCAGAGAAGACGGAGAGCUGCUUGAGAAGGACCCCAAUCCACAGAUCAUGCAUGAAAUUCCCUUUGGAAAAGUGUCGGUGAAGAGCAUCCUUUUAGUUGAGGGGAUCAAAGAUAAUAUCACGUUUUGCUGCCUAGCAAUUAAUAGUGAGGGGAGUGAUCCUAUGUUCUACAAACCUCCAAGUAAAGUAUUCCAGGUGGCCCCCACAAAUAUCUCCACGACACUGAUUGCCAGCUGUGCAGUAACAAUGAUUUUGCUUCUUCUGUGUAUCAUCUUCUUAUUCUACAAAUAUGCACAGAAACCAAAGUACGAAGUCCGCUGGAAGAUCAUUGAGUCCUGUGAAGGAAACAAUUAUAUCUUUAUUGAUCCCACCCAGCUCCCUUACAAUGAGAAAUGGGAGUUUCCCAGGAACAACUUGCAGUUUGGAAAGACCCUGGGAGCUGGAGCUUUCGGAAAAGUGGUUGAAGCCACCGCAUUUGGGCUGGGGAAAGAAGAUUCUGUCCUGAAGGUGGCUGUGAAAAUGCUGAAAUCAACAGCACAUACUGAUGAGCAGGAAGCCCUCAUGUCAGAGCUGAAGAUCAUGAGCCAUUUGGGACACCAUGAGAAUAUCGUCAACCUGCUGGGCGCAUGUACCCAUGGAGGCCCCAUCUUUGUCAUCACUGAGUAUUGCCCACAUGGGGACUUGCUGAAUUUCCUGCGAAAGGCAGCUGAGUGUCUAAUAAUCCAGGAUUUGACCAUGGAGUCUUCUUUUGAUAGUGCAGUGGCUGACUACAAGAAUAUGUACCUUGGAAAGAAAUAUGUCCGAAGUGAUAGUGGAUUUGGAAGUCAGGGUAUAGGAGACAACUAUCUGGAAAUGAGACCUGUGGCAACCUCAGUCACCAUGCCAGCAAAAGGACACAGUUCAGAUUUAGAAGAGGAAAAGGAGAACAAACCAACUCUUGGCCUCCGUGACUUGCUACACUUCUCCAACCAAGUGGCCCAGGGGAUGUCCUUUCUUGCUUCAAAAAAUUGCAUCCACCGGGAUUUGGCUGCAAGGAAUGUGCUGGUGGCUGAUGGACAAGUGGCAAAGAUCUGUGACUUCGGCCUGGCUAGAGACAUUAUGAAUGAUACAAAUUAUGUCGUCAAAGGCAAUGCCCGCCUACCAGUGAAGUGGAUGGCACCAGAGAGUAUCUUUGAAUGCGUUUAUACAGUACAGAGUGAUGUAUGGUCUUACGGCAUCUUUCUCUGGGAGAUAUUUUCUCUAGGCAGGAGCCCAUAUCCUGGCAUGAAAGUGGACAGCAAGUUUUAUAGCCUGGUGAAACAGGGAUACCAUAUGGCCAAGCCUGAUUAUGCUUCAGAUGAUACGUACAACAUCAUGAAGGCCUGCUGGAGCUUGGAGCCCACUCAACGGCCAACCUUCACUGAGAUUUGCACUGUCAUUCAAAAACAGCUAGAUGCCAACAAAGAACAGGACUAUGCAAACUUGCCAAGAAACACAGAAACUGACAGUGCCGGUGAACCAGCCAGCUUCUGUGAGGAAUCCUGUGAAGCCGGAGAGAGCAGGCAGCCCCUUCUGAACAGCAACAAUUACCAGUUCUGUUAG